AUGAAGUUCACCCAGAUUAUUCCUAACCAUGCAGAGAAAAUGCGGUUUUCUAAUUCUUCAGGAAGUCAGACUGGUCAAAGUCAGAGUGGUGGACAUGGUCCUGGUGGUGGCAAGAAGGAUGACAAGGAUAAGAAGAAGAAAUAUGAACCUCCAGUUCCAACCAGAGUGGGGAAAAAGAAGAAGAAAACAAAGGGACCAGAUGCUGCCAGCAAACUCCCCCUGGUGACUCCUCACACACAGUGCAGGCUCAAAUUGCUGAAAUUGGAGAGAAUUAAAGAUUACCUCUUAAUGGAGGAAGAAUUUAUCAGGAAUCAAGAACAGAUGAAACCUUUGGAAGAAAAACAAGAGGAAGAAAGAUCCAAGGUGGAUGAUCUGAGGGGAACACCGAUGUCCGUGGGUACCUUGGAGGAGAUCAUUGAUGACAACCACGCUAUCGUGUCCACAUCAGUAGGAUCGGAACACUAUGUCAGUAUCCUGUCUUUUGUGGACAAGGAUCUGCUAGAGCCAGGCUGCUCUGUUUUGCUAAAUCAUAAGGUUCACGCUGUGAUAGGAGUCCUGAUGGAUGACACAGACCCUUUAGUUACUGUGAUGAAAGUGGAGAAAGCUCCUCAAGAAACGUAUGCUGACAUUGGUGGCCUUGACAACCAGAUUCAAGAAAUCAAGGAGUCUGUGGAGCUUCCUCUCACCCAUCCUGAAUAUUAUGAAGAGAUGGGUAUAAAGCCACCCAAAGGAGUCAUUCUGUAUGGCCCACCUGGCACAGGUAAAACUUUACUAGCCAAAGCAGUGGCAAACCAAACUUCAGCAACCUUCCUGAGAGUGGUUGGUUCAGAACUUAUACAGAAAUACUUGGGCGACGGUCCAAAGCUCGUGCGCGAACUGUUCCGUGUGGCUGAAGAGCAUGCGCCCUCGAUUGUCUUCAUUGAUGAAAUUGAUGCCAUUGGUACAAAGAGGUAUGACUCAAAUUCAGGUGGUGAGCGAGAGAUCCAGCGUACAAUGCUGGAGCUGCUGAAACAGCUGGAUCUGGAUGGGUUUGACUCUCGGGGAGAUGUUAAAGUCAUCAUGGCUACAAACAGAAUAGAAACACUGGACCCAGCUUUAAUUCGGCCAGGGCGUAUUGAUAGGAAAAUCGAGUUCCCUCUACCCGAUGAAAAGACCAAGAAGCGAAUCUUUCAGAUUCACACAAGUAGGAUGACGUUGGCAGAUGAUGUGACUUUGGAUGAGCUGAUUAUGGCAAAAGAUGAUCUCAGUGGUGCAGAUAUUAAGGCAAUUUGUACAGAGGCUGGACUGAUGGCUUUGAGGGAACGGCGAAUGAAAGUAACAAAUGAAGACUUCAAAAAGUCUAAAGAGAACGUUCUCUAUAAGAAGCAGGAGGGAACCCCCGAGGGACUGUAUCUCUAAGGCACCUCUCUCUUUGGG